CAGUGAUACUGCAUAAAUAGGCUUUCAUACAUCAUCUUUAGCUGUGUGCCUAUUCUAUAGCUUGCUGAAAUUAAGCAUUUGAUGACUAUUUUAAGAGUAAUGCUUACUCAGACGCGCUUCUCUUUUUCUCUUGCUUUUUUUUUGGAAUUUGUCUCGAACAAUGCUUCAAUCGUUUCGAGAGUUGUACGACGCGCUUGCUGAGCUACUCGCAGACAAAGAGAAUAGAAUAGAUCUCAAGACUUGCGGAUCUUCAGUUCACUUUUUGUUUGAAUCUACUCUGAACAGUUUACUCAAUCAGUCAUCGACCGAUUGCGCACUUUUAGUAAAAGCCGACGCUCUUAUUGACUACUGCAACGAGUCAAUCAUGUGCUACCAUUUUAAAGAUGUGCCCCUCCACUGGCGUCGAAUGUUGAUGGAUGCCGGGCUUUUAAAGACAUUGAUUCAGUUACACUCCCUCUCAAACAUAGAGACGGGGAAUUUCAAGGCACUGGAAACUCAGGUACAAAAGACCAUGAUGGAUCUGGACACUUGUGCUAUCGUCAGCGGAGCACCGGGAGUCGAUCGCAAAUGCGCGACCAACGUGAUAUUGGAACACCUCCAAAGCUGGUUAACAAACGGAAGAAACAGAAAUGGCAUGCGCAGAACACUUUCUAAGGCUAACCGUCUUUUGUUACCAAGAAUAGAUUGCCCAAUCAAAAAACUCGCUGAGCCACCUAGCUUUGAAUGGUUUCUGCAGCACUGUAACAGCGAGAGGCCUACACCAUUCAUUAUAUCGAAAGGCCUGAUUGAUCACUGGCCAGCAUUCAACGAGCAUCCCUGGACAUCGAUAGAUUACUUGUUGUCCAUUGCUUCGGAUCGUAUCGUUCCUGUAGAGCUUGGCAGUCAAUAUACAGAUACCAACUGGAGUCAAAAAAUGAUACGAUUUUCCGAUUUUGUUGAGCAGCAUAUUGUUCAGCAAUCAGAUACGACAGCUUACUUGGCUCAACAUGAUUUGUUUUAUCAAAUACCACAAUUAGAAAGAGACAUUAUUGUCCCUGACUAUUGUUACAUCAAGCCAAACCUAAAUGAUUUGUACACAUCACACACAGACGAUGUGAUCAAGAAUGCAUGGUUUGGACCGAAAAAUACAGUGUCACCUUUACACCAUGAUCCGUAUCAUAAUUUAUUAUGCCAAGUAGUUGGGAGUAAAUAUAUUAAGCUCAUUUCACCAGAACAAAGUUCCUAUGUGUACCCACGAGACGGUUUAAUGAACAACACAAGCCAAGUCGAUGUAGAACAUCCCGACACUCAUUUAUAUCCAUUGUUUGACAGAGUGCAGUAUGUUGAAUGUGUACUGGAAGAAGGUCAAGUGCUGUAUGUACCUCCGAAAUGGUGGCAUUUUGUGAAAUCACUUGAUAUUAGUUUUAGUGUCAGUCUUUGGUUUUAACAUUUGUCCAAGAUACAUGUGCCUUUUUUAUAAAUGGGGAAUAAAAACUCUACUUGUGUAAUCUAAUAAACAAACU